AUGAAGUCUUCGAAUCUGGUAUCCGUGAUAAUACUUUGGGGGAUAUUCCCUCUGAGUGUACUCGCCGAGAGCGAAACAUUCUCUAUACUUUACCCCUCGGCGUUGCCAACAAUCAACUAUAUCGAUUACAUUGAGGUUGUCUUUAUCACGCCCGACCAGCACCCCAUUGUGGGGGCCAACUGUGAAAACGACUAUUUGAACACGGCGGCUACGUUCACAUCCCUUGGCCUAUACUAUCAAACCCUGGCCUCGCUGACAUGUUCCAUCUCACUUUACCUCAACACCACCUACGCUACUGUUUCUGACACCACUGUGGUUGGUGGGACUUUCUAUAUCACCUCAGUGGCUGGGAAGGCACGCUCGCUAUAUGCAAUAGGCUCUACGGCGAAUAUAGAUACAACAAGCUCUCCGGCCAGUGUCGAAACACAGCCCCCCUCAUCAUCUUCAACAGCCCUCUCUGGGUCGAACCAUGUCGUCGGGGGCGGAUUAUCGAACGGCGCAAAAGUCGGGAUCAUUGUUGGUUCCAUCCUUGGAGUUGCGGCUGUCGCAGGGUUUAUUACAAUUAUUGUCCUUCUCUUGCGUCGUAUGAAGAGAAGCGAAAAGCAACUUCAGGACUUACAGUCGCAGCAACACGACCCUCCCCACAAUAAUCCCGGGAAUAACAGUGGAGCGCAGGGCGACUACACGGACUCGCAGGCACUGGCGCAACAGUCUGUGUUCCUCUCCGCACCGACGUCAGUGUCAGAGGCCGCUAAGGUCUAUCCAAUAGACCGACACGAGGUGGAAAAUGUCGCGCGCCAUGAGGUGGAAAUGACCAUUCUGCGGCAUGAGAUGGAACCAACCGCGAGGCAUGAGAUGGACCCAACACCACGCUAUGAAAUGGCCCCUGGAUAUAAAAGGUAG